AUGGAUAAAUUUCCUCUUGUUAUUUUAUUGGUAUUUGCAGUAAUAUCCGGUGAAGACAAUGAAAAAGUCUCAUGUCGAGAAUAUAGUUGCUACCGACUUCAGAUCAGAAGUUCAAGACAAUCUACCCUACUUUUUGCUGGAAGAUUGUUGCAACAAUAUGCCGUUGACAUGUAUAUAAAACUAGAGACAACACGGCUAGAUUAUUGUCAACGAAACCAAGCAAAUUUGAGGGCCGAGCUUUACCAAGGGAUUGUGGAUAGUGUAUCGAAAGGAGAAAGUAGGGGAAGCGAAGUUGGAAAAAGAAUCGUUCUUCCUCCAUCUUUUAUUGGGGGUCCAAGAGAUAUGCGCCGCAGAUAUCUAGACGCGUUGGCAUUAGUUCAAAAAUUCGGAAAACCUGAUCUUUUCAUUACAAUGACCUGUAAUCCAGAUUGGAGUGAGAUUAAAGAAAAAUUGUACGUUGGUCAACGGGCUCAAGACCGUCCAGAUUUGACAGCCAGAGUAUUUCGAGCAAAGUUGCAAGAUUUAAAGGAUCAACUAUUCAAAAAGGAAAUUUUUGGAAAAGUGGCAGCACAUGUUCAUGUAAUUGAGUUUCAGAAAAGGGGACUGCCACAUGCUCAUAUGUUGAUAAUUUUAAAGUCAGAAUACAAAAUUACAACUCCAGAACAAUUCGACCGAUUUGUUUGUGCUGAGCUUCAAGAUGAAGAAAAACACCCUGAACUCAAUGAAUUAGUGCUAAAGCACAUGAUGCAUGGACCAUGUGGAGAUUUGAACUUAAAGAACUCUUGUAUGGUUGAUGGAAAAUGUAAAUACCACUAUCCACGACCGUACUGUGAAAGUACAAUACAAGGUAAAGAUGGUUAUCCUAUUUAUAAAAGAACAAAAAAUGGUCCGGCAUUUGAAGUACGUAAGGCAAAGCUAGAUAACCAAUGGGUGGUACCUUACAAUCCAUAUUUGUUAUCGAGAUAUAAUUGCCAUAUCAAUGUUGAGAUUUGUUCAGGAGUGACAGCGGUGAAAUAUCUUUACAAGUACAUCUAUAAAGGACACGAUAGAGUGGCAGUUCAUAUAAGCCACAACGAUGAAGAAAUGGUCAUUGAUGAAAUUAAACAAUUCCAAGAUGCUCGGUGGGUUUCUGCUCAAGAAGCAAUGUGGAGAAUUUUUGAGUUCAAUUUAAAUGAAAUAUACCCUGCAGUUAUUAAUCUGCCUCUUCAUUUGCCAAAUCAGCAGUCUGUAACUUAUUGGACAAAUCAAAAUUUAGAGAAUAUUUUGGGAUGGGAUCAAACCUCAAAGACAAUGUUGACAGAGUAUUUUUCCAUGUGUGCAAAAAGUGCAGAUGCAAAAAAGUACCUGUAUAGAGAAUUUCCAGAACAUUAUGUAUGGGAUAAGAAAUACAAAUGUUGGAACGAGAGAAAGAAAAGAGAUGUUAUAGGACGGAUAAAUGGGGCAAAUCCUAUAGAAGGAGAACGAUUUUAUCUUCGGUUACUCUUGAAUCAUGUUAGAGGGCCAACAUCUUUUCAGGAUCUGCUAACUGUUAAUCAUAUGAGAUGCUCAAACUUCAAAGAGGCUGCCCAAAGAAGAGGAUUAAUGGAGUCCGAUCAAAGUAUAGUUGAAUGUUUAAAUGAAGCAAUAUCUUUUCAAAUGCCGCAUGAGCUAAGAAGAUUAUUUGCUAUCAUAUUGGUUUAUUGUGCACCGACAAAUGUGAAGGAUCUAUGGGAUACUUACUUCGAUCCAAUGUCCGAGGACUUCAAAAGAGAACCAGGAACCACAUAUAAACUACAAGUCAUGAAAACUUUAAAAAGCUUAAAGUUUUUCUUGGAGAGUAUGGGAAAAAAAAUCAAUUCCUAUGAUCUUCCUCUAAUUCCAACAGAGUUGAAUGAUGUCCUGGAUGAUUUACCGAGAGAGAUAGAAGAUGAAAUGUCAAUUGUAAUACCUGAAGAAGAUUUGGAAGCAGAACUUAAGCUGAAUUCUGAGCAACACAAAGCCUUUUUGACAAUCUUAGAUUGUGGAACAGGGAAAACAUUUCUCUAUCGUGCCUUGUUAGCUCGUGUUAGAUCGAACAAACAGAUAGCAAUUGCAACAGCAACAUCAGGAGUUGCUGCUUCAAUAAUGCCUGGUGGACGAACAGCGCAUUCCCGAUUUAAAAUACCAAUAGAUGCAAGUGACUCAACAGAGUGUUCUUUAUCGAAACAAAGUGGAGCUGCAGAGCUAUUGCGUAGAGCAAAAUUACUGAUAUGGGAUGAAGCACCAAUGGCUAAACGGUGGGCUAUUGAGAAUGUCGAUAAAUGCCUUCAAGAUAUAAUGGGAAAUGAUCAACACUUUGGUGGAAAAGUUAUCGUGUUUGGUGGAGAUUUCCGACAAGUAUUACCCGUUGUUCCUAGAGGAACGAUUAACCAAACAAUUUAUGCGAGUUUGGUCAAAUCAUCUCUAUGGGGAAAAAUGAAAAAGUUUACUUUGUCCACAAAUAUGAGGGCCAAAACUGAUCCAAAGUUCUGUGAGUUCUUGCUUAGAGUUGGAAAUGGUGAAGAACCAGCUGAUGCCGAAGGGAAUAUCAAAAUUCCACAACAGAUGAUUAUUCAUUAUGAUAAUGAUGAAGACUCGAUACAACGACUUAUUAUGGCUAUCUUUCCAUCUCUAAGUAAUAAUUCUCAUUCUGCUGCUUACAUGACAAGCCGGGCUAUACUCACAACAAGAAAUGAGAAUGUGGACAAAUUGAAUGAGAAAUUGAUAUCUUUGUUUCCUGGGGAAGGAAGAUCAUUUCAUAGUUAUGAUGAAGCGAUUGAUGAUGUAAACAACUAUUACGAAGAGGAAUUUCUUAAUUCUUUAUCCCCGAAUGGUCUCCCUCCUCAUAAGUUGUUACUCAAAAUAAAUUGUCCAAUCAUUCUUCUAAGGAACCUAGACCCAUCAAACGGAUUAUGCAAUGGUACAAGAAUGGUCUGCAGAAAUUUCAAGGAUAACGUAAUUGAUGCAGAGAUAGUCUUUGGGCAACAUAGUGGAAAACAUGUAUUUAUACCUAGAAUACCACUUUCCCCAGCUGAGAAUGAAGGUUAUCCAUUUAAGUUUAAGCGGAAACAGUUUCCGGUAAGACUUUGCUUUGCCAUGACAAUUAAUAAAGCGCAGGGACAAACAAUUUCAAAUGUAGGUGUAUAUUUGCCUCAGUCCGUUUUCUCACAUGGCCAAUUAUAUGUUGCCUUAUCAAGAGGAAUUUCAAUGUCCACUACGAAAGUGUUAAUCAAACCAGACACUCCAGGCAUUAGAGGAAAAACGACGACAAAGAAUGUGGUGUACAAGCAAGUGUUGGCUGCUGGUAAAUUUUAA